AUGUCCACCCCUGUCCUCCGCCUAGGAAUCCUAGGCGCGACUAACGCCGUCCAAGCUACUUAUCUCCCGGUCCUCCGUUCCCUUGGAACACACUACACCCUCACAGCCAUCUACGACUCCAACCCCGAAAUCGCAAACCAGUGUCAAGCCCGCUUCGGCAUAACCUACAGCACGGCAGUCGUGGAAGAUGUCCUCCUUCAUAAAGAAGUAGAUGUCAUCCUCAACCUCCUCCCAAUGGAGUACCACGAACAAUACACCGUGAUCGCCCUCGAAGCCGGCAAAGACGUGAUGGUCGAAGUUCCCCUCACAAUGAGCAUCUCAAGUCUGCGCCGGAUUCGCGAAGCUAUCAACCAAGGAAAAUCAUCUCGAUAUGUCAACGGCACUAACGAAACAGACGGCCCAAAGGUUUUCGUCGGAUGCGCGCGCCGCUACGCGCCCUGCUUUACAGAGGUCUUCAAGAAAGAGCUCGCCACCCUAGGUCGCGUGCACUAUGCGCGCUGUCGACACAUCGCCGGCCCAAUGAACAACAUUGUCACGCCGGCGUCGAAAGACAUCACACCGCCACUGAAAAGCAGCAAUAACCCGGAGCAGUUCCGCGCGCUCCUGGAAGACGUCUUCGGAUCCGAAGAGGACCUAACUUCGGACAGAGUCGCUUUUUGUCGUUACCUCGGCAUGCUGGGUUGUCAUGAUCUGUCGGUGAUGCGCGAGUCGUUGGGAUUCCCAAAUGCUGUUUCCAAUGUCGCUAUCACGGACCCGUUCUACUCUGCCAUUUUCCACUAUACGAAUUCCGUAGAGAAUGGCGGGUAUCCAUUCACGCUUCUCUAUGAAGCUGGUGUUGAUGCCGUGCCUCGCUGCGAUGCUCAUCUGACUGUUUACGGUGCGCACAAGACUCUCAGUGUGGAGUAUGACUUCCCCCGUCCUGGUGAGAAGAUCAGUACCGGAACGUAUGUGCGGGUUGUUGUUGAGGAAGCGGAUGGGACUGCGGAGACGGAUCAUGUCAAUGGCAAUCAAAUUAACGAGACGGAGAAUGUUGUUCCUCGCCCGCGUGUCAAGCGGACGGAGACCGUUAGUACCUGUGACGAGGCGUAUGAGCGUGAAUUCAUGGCUCUGUACUCUUAUCUAGUUGAUGGAGGGUCGGCGGCGAAAACGACAGCUGACGACGCUGUCAUGGACCUACGGCUGUUACUGAUGAUCUUUGACCACUACAAUCGCCAGUGUGGUACCAUUCGAACUCCGUUGGGUUGA